CAAUUGGCAAUCCUGCUGCCGACAGUGCAAAAGAAAUUCUGUCAAAAAAAUUUACGAAUUAUGCGUUGUUAUUCCAGACAGAUUUCGAUGUUCAGCUUCGUAAUUCAGUGUUAAAAUCAAUUGUGUUUUAAUUUUAGUGGUUUGCCUCGUUCAUCCGCACCAAUUAGUGUAUAGAUAACACCCCACUCGAAUGUGAAUUUCGUCCGAAGUCGCGUUUCAAAGACCUGAGGCUGUCAUGGCCGCCGAGGAAUGAGGAUUAUGAGGAUAAACUCAGCAUUGUAUAGUGAGUCUACAAUGGAAGAUAAUUCCUCUCAGAAUCAUAAUGGACAAUUGGGUUCCGGUAGUGGCGUGAAUACGGGUAACAAGCAAAAUGGAGACAAUAAUUCUAAGUUACAAUACUCAAUGCCUGGAGUUUUACACUUCAUUCAACAUGAAUGGGCCAAGUUUGAAAUGGAAAGAUCUCAGUGGGAAGUGGAUAAGGCUGAGCUCCAAGCGAGGAUAGCAUUCCUGCAAGGCGAAAGGAAAGGUCAAGAGAAUCUGAAGUAUGAUUUGGUUAGAAGGAUAAAAAUGUUAGAAUAUGCUCUAAAACAAGAAAGAGCGAAAUUCCACAAACUUCAAUAUGGAACAGAAUUGCAACAAGGUGAUAUGAAUCCUCCAACUUUCGAUGAAAUGGGCAUGCCAGAUGUUGCGACAGAUAGUGACGCUCCUUUUACGUCAGUCAGUAAUAUCAGCUGGAAACAGGGCCGGCAGCUUCUUAGACAGUAUUUACAAGAAAUAGGCUACACGGAUACAAUUAUAGAUUUAAGGUCCCAUCGAGUGAGAUCAUUGUUAGGGCUUAAUAAUAAUAACAAUUCUGGAGCAACAACUGACAGAAGUUUCAAUGUGCAUGGUGAAGAUGCUACGGACAACUCCAAUCAAGCCAUAAAUGGGAGCGAACAAGCUAAGAAUGUUCAUUACUCAAAACUGUCAACAGAGGAGAAGAUCUGGGACAAGGAAGAAAAGCAAGGCGGCGUUCCUGUAUGGAAGCAGUCGUACACCGAGUCAGUGAUCAUGGACACAGAAGCAGCGGUCAUGGCCAACUUUGACUUUCUCCAGCCGGACGUCGAGAUGGAGGACGAUGAUGAUGACGACGACGAUGACGACGAUGAUGAUGAUGAGGAAAUGCGGGAUGACCUCAACUCAUCAGUCAUCAAACAUGGCUGUCGUCCAACCAAUGAAACAGGGCAGUCGCGAAUCCGGGCUGGCGGAAACGAGGACGGGAUUUCCGGGACGCAGGGCAGCGCUGGGUCAGGUACCGUAGCCGGCCAGAACAGAAUCAACGCUGCCGAGUGGAACACACACAUUCUGCCAUCACUCAACGACGAGUCAAUCAACGUUCACUCUACGCUUGGCCUCGGUGAACUUGCCCAGUUGACGGUCAACAAUGAGGAGGAAGGAACUUAUGAUAGUACAACAUCCAAAGAAUCACUGCGGAAACCGUGGAGUGCCAAGUACACGCUAAGAAGUCAUUUCGAUAGUGUUCGAGCAUUAGCGUUUCAUCCCUUAGAUCCAGUACUCAUUACAGCUAGCGAAGACCAUACAUUAAAAUUAUGGAAUCUACAAAAAACUCUUACUGCAAAAAAAUCCGCAUCUUUAGAUGUUGAACCGUUAUACACAUUUAGGAGUCACACUGGACCCGUUCUCUGUCUAGCGAUGUCAUCAAGAGGAGAUCAGUGCUUCAGCGGUGGGACUGAUGGUGUCAUUCGUUGCUGGAAUUUACCUUCUUCAAAUAUCGAUCCUUAUAAUUAUUUUGAUCCCAAUGUUCUUGCUGCACUGCUUGAAGGCCAUAGUGAUGCCAUCUGGGGCUUGUCAGCCUUGAAUAACGAAGCCAACGACCUUCGGCUACUCUCCUGCUCGGCAGACGGCACAGUCAAAUUGUGGUCGCCCAGCGAACCUAAAUCACCUCUCUUAAGCACGUAUUCUUCAGAAAUAGAAGGUGUUCCUACCUCAGUAGACUUUAUCAAAGAUGGAUCAAAUCAAAUGGUUACAUCGUACACUUGCGGCACAUGCAUCGUUUAUGAUUUAGAAACUGCCAAGCCAGUCGUCCACUUCGAUUCUGUGCAAUCUGACGGUGUCAAACACAUUAACAAAAUUCUAUCUCAUCCAACGAUAUCGUUGUCGAUAACAGCCCACGAAGACCGACACAUCAGGUUCUUUGACCACAAAUCUGGUUCGAUGGUCCACACCAUGGUUGCUCACCUAGAUUCUGUGACAAGUUUAGCAAUAGAUCCUAACGGCUUAUAUUUACUGUCAGGAAGUCAUGAUUGCUCGUUACGGUUAUGGAAUUUGGAUGUUAAGUCAUGUGUCCAAGAAAUCACUGCUCAUAGAAAGAAAUUUGAUGAAUCCAUCUUGGAUGUCGCUUUCCAUCCGUCAAGUCCGUACAUUGCCAGUGGUGGAGCUGAUAGUCUAGCCAAAGUUUUCGUCUAACAUCACCCAGAUGGUGUAUAAAUAAGGAAGUUAAUCCAGCUUGUUAGAUGUUGGCUCUGUAUUCGCAGGCACAGCCCUGCGAGUGUCCCGUAACUUAGUAUAAGGAGCGGUCCAUGGCGACCGAACGCAUGAAGCCCUACCCGUGACAGCGACUGAUACACUAAAGUCACUUAGUCCCAAGCGCAGAAGGACUCCCUCCCCUUCCUGCUCGAUUUCUAUACAUUAUUUUUAAUUUAAUAUCGAUGAUCAUUUUAAUCGCAUUGUAUUGUUAAUUUAUUCUUAAUCACAUAUUAUGAAGUUGAAACUAACCUUGAACCUUCCUGGCCCAACUUCGUUCGAUCCGUCUCAGACCCAGCUGUAGAUCAAGUUCAGGAACGACAUGUUCGUCACAGAAAUCGGUGAAGUGUAACGCUCCUAUUUAGUUUGGACAACAGUUAGUGGGGCCUAUUUUACUAUAGAGAUUUUAUGCAUGAUCUGGAAAGGCUCUCUUAAUGAGUGAGAUGAGGUUACAAAAGAUUCCAAAAUAGCCUCGCUUUUAUGAUCGGUUGUCAAAAAGUAACAAUUUUUUUGUAUCAAGCAGGGAAGACAAUACGUCCCCUGAAUAGCCUAUAUUAUUGAGUCUGGUAUAACCAGUUACUUUAAGUAUGGGUUUGUCCAAUUUGAGGCCUUUCGGGAACAUCUCAAAUCAGCUUUUGCUGCUGUCUUUGGCAAUGCAGAACCAGUUUAUAAUUCUGUUGUUUAUUGUUCUAUUAUGUAGAUUUUCUGCUUUCUCAUCCGUUUUGGUUUUGUCUGUGAAAUUUAAACUUGAACUCAACUUCCCCAUUUUAAGGCUCUGUUAUCCUAUAAAAAGAAAGAAUGGUCGAACAUUUGUUUUCAGCCAGUUGUGUCAGUCGCAGAAUCAUGUUUUGAUGGUAUUUUUAAAUGAAACUGUAAGUGAUGAGUUAUUACAUAGUGUAAAGUUCCUGCAUAUAUUAUGAAAUAAAAUGUCGCCUUUCAGAGAGCAUUUCUGCCUUUCGAAGGACGAUGUUUUCAUUAAUACUGUACGGAAAAAUUUGGCAUUAGAGCUGAUAUCAUUAUUUUUUGGCAUCUUUUCAAGCCUUUAAAAUCAAAACAUAAUAUUGUGCCUGUCCCAACUGAUCCCUCUGUCAUGAUGAUCGUUCAAGUUUAAUUUUCAGGAGUCACGAUUGCUUUUUCGGAAUUGAUCAAAGUCGAUCUGCGUCGGAACGAACGAUAGUCAUUUUGCGAAUUUUAUGAAGAUGACAAUGUUACCUAUCGAGUCUUGUUUGAGUGGAUUUUAGAUCUUCUCGUUUUAUUUAUUUUGCUCCGAAGCCGGUUUGAACUUUACCUGUAAGUUGUUGUUGGAUAAAUUUACCCUUUGUAAUUUUCUGCUGAUAAGUUUCUGUACAAACUCUGCCAGGAGGGCCCAAAUCGUCUCAUGUAACGAGCACCAACGCAAGCAGAACCCGAAAACUCUGAACUCUGAAUUUAUCUGCUUUCUCGGAAGUUAUCAUUGGAUUCUUUUGUAUGCUCUAAGCACCUCUCAAAAUUUCAUGUGACUUUAAAGUUAUUCAACUGCUUGGGAGGAGCACUAAAAAUAACUCUCGUCCAAUCAUUUUUUGAAACUUUGAUCCAGUUCUUAAUGGAUUUAUUACUUUUCUCAUAGAAUCUUCUUUUGACGGUUAAAACCCCAUCUCUCUGUAUUCAAUUUAAACUGAGAUAUUGCCUUUCAAUGAAUAUUUUGGUGGCCAUAGUGCAAAACCACGUGUUUCUAUUGCUGUUGUUCUAUGGAUUUGAUGAUUCCUGGCACAUUGAUGUUGGCAGAUGAACCAGUCCCUAAUUUACAAGACAAACGUGCAAAAACACUCAUAUACUCUACUCUUAGGUGGUUUCAUCCACCAUGCUUUACGAAGAAUGAUAUCAUUAAUGCUCAAAAUUCAAAACAGACCCUUGGAAAUAGUUUUUUAGCCGUCAAAAUAGUAUUCCAUACCGUACAGGACUAAUCCAUUUAUCAAAUACAAUUGGUGAAAGGCUGACAUUGUAUAGCAAGUCAUUUCAGUGAGUCUUUCAACAAUUAAUCUGUUCUCUGAGAAAGCCGUCUUCAGUUUUGGAAAGUAAGUUUUUGUCUUUCAUGUUCAUUCUGUUGUGCGGGUGCUCAUGUCCCUCAACAUAUUUUGUAUUUACGAUGAAAAAAGAAAAACAAGGAAAAAAGUGGAAGGAGAGAGUAAAGGGAUUUAAAUUUGUUACGGUUCUACCUUAGCCAGCAUCUACCUCAGCGUAGUUCAGUUUUUCUUAAUCGGUGAGAUCGAACUUCAAAGAGGAUCAUCGAUGAAUAUUUUUGAGAUAAAAAGAAGGUUAUCGGAAAUUAAGGCCUUGUCUCUACGGAGCGUUUUUUUUUUUAAAAAACAAGAUUCAUUCUCAAUUUCUUCAGAAGGAAUGAAGCAAAACUGUUCAGAAUUUUUCCCUGUUAUUCUUGUGAUGCCUCGUCAGAAUCAAUUGCUGAUUAGGAGGUGCAAGUAAUUACGGACGCCUUACGGAGACAAAGCUGAAAGAGUACCUAACCAGCCCUUGUCUGGGUUAAACUUUUGACUAGUCAUCUGGAACAAUGAUAUUAAGAAAGAAAUUAUAUAUCUUGUAGACUUUGAUGUCUCUAUUAUAAGCCGGAGAAACUUGAUGGGUGUAAGCUGUCUUGUCAUAAACGAUGAACGAUUUUUUUAAAAAAAUUAUGCAGUAGCGUCUACUGAAUGUUUUCCUUACAAUGUUUAACAUAAGCACAACAUCUACGAAGAAAUUUAUUUGUCUAUUUUAUAACUAUCAAAUCAUUCAAUGGAACCAUAAUUUACCUACUAGAGAUAGCCGUAGAUCCAGUACGACAGAACUCAUUAGUUUUCACCAAUUCUAAGUUCAACUUUAAAUCUCUCCUCUUGAAUUACUUACAUUCAGCUGAAGCUCACAUGCAAUGUUGAUUCAUCCGUCGGAUAGUCUGGACGUCAACAUAACAGAACGGAUUUAUCUAUGAGGAUAAUUUGGAGGAAAAGCGUUUGUGCCGAAGCCUGUAUCGUUUUUCAAAAUUUCCUCUGGACAUGGGUCUUUUCUGUUGAACGACUUCCAACUUCGAUUGGUUUGAGAUUCGAUCGAAGCAGCCCUUGCUUUUCUUUUACUGUUUGCCAAUUUAUUUUUUUCCCCUUUUGUUCACCCAUUUUUCGUAUUGAAGCUCCCCUGAUCUUUUUCUUUUACUUAGUAAAUUAGGUAUUUUUUAUAUUUUUAGUAGCCUUCAAAAAAGCUAUUAUGUUGUUAAUUACUGUGUAAGCAAUAAAAACUGAAUUACAAGCUGA